UGCUCCUCCCGGACCGGGAAGAGGCUCUGGCAGGUGCCUGUGAUCCCCUCUUCGGCCACACGCCCGCCGGCCAGAGCGCCUGCCUGCACGUGCACGGCAUGAUGCCCUUCUUCUACGUGCAGGUCCCCGCUGGCUCCGCGAGCGCACGCCUCGAGGGCGACGCCGAGCGCGAGGAGUUCUUGCAGCACUUCGCCGCGGCGCUGGAGCACGCCAUGACGCUGCACCAGACGAUGGCCUGCUCGCCGCGCAGGGCACCGCGCCGCGGCUGCGUGCCGGCGAGACGCCCGCGUUCGUCCACGACGCGCGCUGGGUCUCUGGGUGGAAGUCGAUCUGCGGUGGCGGAUACGGCUUCGCAGCCGACGGGAGCUCGCAGCACUUUAUCUCGAGGGAUAUGGGCGACACUGCCCCAGCACGUGCCAGUGCUGGCCCACCUUCUGCGGCAGGGCGCGGUGAUGUCUUCGGUGUUCCAGCCCUUCGAGGUGCACUUGCCCUACCUCCUCCACUUCCUCGACGCCUUCGGCACUGGCGGCAUGCGGCAGCUGCUCGUCGGCAGCGGCGCCCUCAGCCGGGGGCCCUGCGCCGCCGAGCCCCUCGCCGGCUUCCCGCCGCACCCGUGGUGGGCGCUCCAGCUGGGCCCCGAGGGGCGCGCGGAGCUGGCCGCGGCGGCCGGGGCGUGGACGGCCGGAGCCGCUGGCCAGCGGAUCUCGCCACACCCGCGGGCGACCACCUGCGAGCUGGAGCUGGACUGCGGCGUGGACGACAUCCUGCUGGGGGCGGCCGCGAAGGACCUGGUGCCCCAGGAGAGCUCCGGGCGGCCGCUGGGCUGA